AUGACCGUCGGUCUGGCUCCGAACGCUGGCGAACUCCCACCAGUGAUACCUGCUCCAAAACGGGAUUUUAACAAACGAUUCAGUGUACCAAGACAGGCGUCCGAACGACGUGUAACGAUACGGCCGUAUGAGAGCUUCAGAGACCGAAGGGAGACCGAGAAGCCUCAGAUUACAUUUGGAUUCGCCGCGCUGAGCACCGAAGGCAAUAAACAAGAGGAAGACGAAGAGGGAACUUCAGCCGAUCGUGCUUCUCCCGCUCCAUCAAUCUUCUCCAUAUAUGGCGAAGAUCCGGGACCAUCGACGAUAUGUGAACAACCUGUUGGUGCACAAGCUGACGUAUUUAUUGCUUCUCUUGGCGAGAAAAAUAGACACGUACUGAAGAAAUUCCUGGAAAAUUCUCCUCGUCAGGAAAAUCAAUACUUUAUGUGGAUAAAGGAUCAGAAAACCAAUAAGUUCACCGUGAUCUCCAUCAAAACUCUCGAGAAUCACCUCAAAUCCACACACCGAGUGCGUCGCGUGAAAUGGCGGCAUCUGUCCGCAGAUCGCGUUUCCGUUUACCGUUACAGUAUCCCGGCGAUCACCUAUCAAAAAUCGAAAAAUUUCUGCGAUUGUGUGAUGCGACGAAAGAAACUAUGGUUGUUGGGCACUUGGGUGUCGUUUAUACUAUUUCUUUGUGUUAUUGUUGUUUUGGGAUCGUUAAAUCCAGACGAUCGAACGCAUCCUUAUCUGCACUACAACAGCAGCUCAACGCAACUCACUAUUCAAGCGUUGCGGAAUAUCAGCAUAGGUUGA